AUGCGGUGGCUUCGGGUUCUGAUAUGGGUGGCCUGCACUGUCGGAUUGGUUUCAGCAUUUACUGUGGGCAACCAGGCCGAAGGCAUGGAAAAAGUUGUGGAAUUGGCAGGAGGACAUCAUGGAAAAGAUAAUGCAAAUAGUAAGUUUAUAUCUUUGAGCCUUGUUAAAAUUUCAAUUUCAAACGUAGCGUCCAGGAAACCACUUAAAAGCCUUUUUAGACUCAACGGUAGAAGCGGUUGCCAUCUUCAAACACGCUUUUCAAUUCUUUCGGAACAUGCUAACAAAAACAUCUACCGCCAUUACAACAUUUGGAAAUCAGUCAGAAGAUAGUUAUCCCGUAGGACCUCCAAUAUUCAAAAAUAUUGUACAUAACACUAACAAUAAAGGAAAGGUGAAUCAAACCAGUGCACACGGCCAUAUUGACGAACUCUUGGAAAGAAUGAGUUCGGGAGAAAGAAAAAACGCUAUCGAUAUUGCGGAAGAGAACAACAACACUGCCACCAUAAAUUUAACGACCCGCGGAGAUGCCAAUCAAACCGAAAUUGUGGAUUCAAUUGAAGAAUCGGUGGCGCACGCAACUACAAAAGUUUUGCCCUUCUCAGGGUUAACGUCUAGUAAGCAUAAAGGCCUAGCGGAGGUUACAACGGGUGCGGCUCAAAACGGCCAUACGUCCCGUCACACAACUACAACUUCUCAAAAUUUGCGUGUGUCUCAAGAUAUCUUGAGUGAUCACAAUAAAACUGACGCCACAUCACCCACGCUUAAGAUAGAAGCAGAUUCUCGGGCUCACGCUACAACUAAGGUUUUGAUGCCUGAAGUUGACGAGUUCCGUAGUGAUGAUAAUCGAACUAAGGACGAAAUUACUGCUGAGACGACUAUUUCCCCAGAAAAACACAGACUUGCUAACCCAACAACAAAAAUUCUGGGGGAUCGUGAUAUUACUGGCCUUUCAGGACUACGAUUUGAUCCCGAAAUCGAGAGGGAACUCAAAAAUGAUGAAGUUUUUCUGCCGGGAAAAGCUGCGGCUUCCUCUAAAUCUAGAGGGUCAAUGGAUUUGAAACAAGUGACAACACCGAGCACAAAACAGAAUAAAAAGAGAAUCAAGUUUCAAUUACCAAACUUGGAUAAUAUUGAUUAUGGAAGUGGUCAAGAGCCAAGUGCAACAAAAACAAUGACUGAAAAAUGUAAGCAAGGCUAGGAAAUACUCACUGAACUUCCACUAGGUUUAAUUCACUUGUGUUAACAAUUUGGGAUUUAAUUUUGAUUAAUUUCAGAUGAGAAAUCAAUAGUUGGAAACCUGCAGCAUCGAAAAAUGAGGUCAACACACGAAGAGUUCGUCAAAAGCCUUAAAAACAAGCCCAAAAACCGUCCAGCUUCGCACAAAAGCUCUGCCGUUCUCAAGAUCUUCCAAAGAAUGAAUUCGACCAAGGUUCCAGCGCAUCUGAAUGGCUUUGUAGGCCGUGACGACCCGAUUGAAUACGAUUAUGAAGGAGAAGACGAAGUGCUCGAGUCUUCUGGAGAUCCCAGGGAAGGCAGUUAUAACGCCAAGAAGUCCGGUAGUCAACUAAAUAACGAGCAAGCUGAGAUUGAACAACAGAUCAAGGAGUUGGAAGAGACUGUUGAACGGCUAAAUGAAGAAUUCAACAAGGGGAAUUCAAAAAGUUCUGAAGGAACACUCAAUAAAUUUCAUCCAGUUUUUAUCAUUUCGAAGAAAAAUUAA